AUGCGUGCUUCCAGGUUUUUACUGCACCUCAUCAUCGUCGCUGUCUUCCAUCCGUUAACGAUUUUUGCGCAAAAUGAACAAGUCGAAGUUGCGCCUUCAACUCGAAUCGACAAUCCGAAUGGCGAAAGUUCAGAAGACGAACAAAUGAAAAUGGGAAAAAUGGAAAAGCCAAUGGGAAUGAAGGCGAUCGGUCCACGAAUGAGGUCAGCAAACCCAGUAGAAAAUAGGUACGUGAAUUUCUGA